AUGGUUCUCGCGGUCGACCUCCUCAACCCUACUCCUCAGGCUGAGGCUCGCAAGCACAAGCUUAAGACCCUUGUGCCUGCUCCCCGUUCCUUCUUCAUGGACGUCAAGUGCCCCGGCUGCUUCACCAUCACCACCGUCUUCUCCCAUGCCCAGACUGUCGUCGUCUGCGCCGGCUGCUCGACCGUCCUUUGCCAGCCCACCGGUGGCAAGGCCAGACUCACUGAGGGCUGCUCCUUCCGGAGGAAGUAA